AUGACUAUUCCUAGAUUAGAACUGUCUGCAUGUAAAUGGCUGUUAGCUAAAUCAUUUGUUCGUACCGAGUUAACAAAUGAAGAAAAUAAUAAAUCUUAUUAUUUAGACUUGUUAAUAGUUCCAAAAAUUGCGGUUCUUCCACCCACAUUUGUAAACAUAUCGAAUUUAAGUUUAUCUGAAAAAAUAAAACUUGCCGAUAAUAAUUGGAAUAAACCAAAACGAAUUGAUGCUCUUUUAGGAGCAGAAUUAUUCUUCGAACUAUUGGGUACGAAUAAAAUUAAAAUUAAAGAUUCCCAAUUAAUAUUAAUUGAAACGUUUUUUGGUCAUGUUGUAUCGGGAGUUGCGAACAACUUAAAUUCUAAUUUAGAGAAAAUUAACGAUUCGUGUUUUUUACUUGUUGAAACCGAAAAUCUUGAUAAGGCGUUAACUUCCUUUUGGGAAAAUGAAGAUGUAAACGAAACAAAAACUCCCGUCAGUUCAGAAUUAAAUUAUUGCAACGAACUUUUUGAAAACUCGUUUUAUCGAAAAACUAAUGGGAAAUAUGUAGUUCAGAUGCCAUUUAGGAAGGAUAUUAGUGAAAACAACAUACCGUUGGGAGAUUCAAAACAAAUUGCUGAAAAAAGACUUAAUCAAUUAUGGAAACGUUUGUCAAGUAAUCCUGCAAUGAAAGAAUUGUAUGUUUCGUUUUUAAAGGAAUAUGAACUUUUGAACCAUAUGGAAAGGAUAGCAGACAAUUCUGAUUUUGAUGACAGUUAUGGAUAUUUCCUUCCUCAUCAUGGUGUCUUAAAACCAGAUAGCAAAACUACUAAACUUAGAGUAGUGUUUGAUGCAAGCGCCAAAACUGCAAAUGACUGUUCCUUGAAUGAUUUGUUAUGCAAGGGAGGAGUGAUACAAGAUGAACUGUUCUCUAUUAUGCUUCGAUUCAGAAAACAUAUCUAUGCCUUCACCGCAGAUAUUGAGAAAAUGUUUAGACAAAUUGAAAUACUGCCUUCACAAACCAAAUUUCUAAAAAUACUCUGGAAAAAUCACGAAAGUAAACCUACUGAAUCCUACAGACUUAAAACCGUAACAUAUGGCACAGCAUGUGCUCCUUACUUGGCUCAGAAGACUCUUCAACAAUUAGCAAAAGAUGAAGAGAAGGAUUUUCCUUUGGCUUCGAAAGUUGUUUUAGAAGAAUUUUAUAUGGAUGAUUGCCUUACCGUUACUUCUAUUUUAAAUGAAUGUAUUAAGCUUCAGCAAGAUUUAACAGAACUACUUAAAAGAGGAGGAAUGAAAUUACACAAAUGGUGUACUAACUUUGAUUCACAAGACACAGAAUUGGGAGACUUUUCGUUUGAUCGUGACAAUGUUACUAAGAGAGAUGUUUCAUCUCAAAUUGCUCGUUUGUAUGAUCCUCUUGGUCUACUUGGUCCAGUCUUCAGUAAAGCGAAGAUUUUUAUGCAACGGCUUUGGUUGCAUAAGCUAGACUGGAACGAAAAGUUACCAUCCCCUAUUGCCCAAGAAUGGACUUUGUUCAUUAAAACACUUCAUAGUAUAGAAACUAUUCAAGUACCUCGUUACGUUUUGAAGGAGACAUUUUCCGCACUUAUUCUGCAUGGUUUUGCAGAUGCCUCAGAAAAAGCAUUUGGAGCUGUAAUUUACUUACAGACAGUUGCAGAUCCUGAUGAAUCUAUCAGCCAGCUUCUUCGCAGCAAGUCACGUGUAGCACCAAUCAAGACUAUGACUAUUCCAGAUUGGAACUGUCUGCAUGUCUACUCCUUUCAAAACUUGUGA